CUGAAGUUAGUGUGUCCGUAAGAUGGCUACUGGAGAAGGCUGUACGACCAAUUUUCAGCGAUUAUUAGCUGAAUUGGAACAGAACGAACUUGAACAUCCAAAUGAAAAUAACGAACAGAACUAUAGCUUACUUAUAGCUUUAUAUAUGCUCGAAAAUGACUUGAACAAUGCUCGUUAUACGUGGAAACGAGCGGCAGUUUGUUCUCCAGCUUCGUCCAGUGAACUUCAACAAGUUUGGAAUUGUGGUAAGAGACUAUGGGAAAAAGAUUACCAAGGUUUUUAUAAGGCUUUAAACUUUAAUUGGAGUGAACGCCUAAAGCCAGUAAUGUUUGAAUUGGAAGGACGAAUAAGGCAAAAAAUGUUAGAUCUUGUGGCGUUUGCCUACACUUCAGUUUCUCUCACUGACUUGUCAGCAUUUUUUGGUCUACCUGAGAAUGAGGCGGUCGAUAUGGUACAGAAACUAGGCUGGGCUUACAAUCAAGAGACUAGAAUGCUUUCUCCAGUAUGCAGGGAUAAAUCAUCUGUUGCUGGGCCCUCAACAAAUGAUCAUCUAGAAAGGUUGACUAAAUUUGUAAACUUUUUGGAAACUAUGAAUUAG